AUGAGCAGCAGCAAUCUGUCUUCUAUAUUGCGCAACUCACGCAUUGCGCAAGUACCCAAGCCUAAAGGCCCUCUUUUCUCUCCGGACAAGAAGUAUGUGCCAACUCAUCAGCUGAUUGAGAAUAAGGCGUCAACGAUGCACCGUCAAGAGUGGGGUAUGAAGUCGAGCAUUCCUUCGAGGUCAAAAUCACGCUACUUGAUUUUUGAUGAACUGGACACACAGCAGCGAUUGACAUCUUUUGAGGCGAUCGGGCAGUACCAGUGGAAUAGAAUCCGUAUCCAGGAGUUAGGAGUUGUACCUGAGCGGGCGACAGCUGGAAAUUCGUUCCAAACAAGUGCUGACGCCAACGCGCCUUCUAACCCUCUAUUCAGUGGGUUUUCCAGCAGACUAUCCGCACGGACGCCGUUGAGUUCAUUUUUUGGUCUAACCUCGAAAAGCGACGCUAAGCAAUGGAAGGCAGCAGAGAAGAAAGUUGCGGCUCUGCGUCCUGCAUUCAAGAAAUGGCUACAAGAUCAUCACCCCCAUUUGAUAAUCCAUAAGGAUCAGAUGGACCCUGCUGACUUCCGGAAGCGCGCAGUUGAAUUCAUUACGGAGAUUGCUACGCGGUCCUCCGGAGCUGGCGGCAGCUGGAAAGUCGUUGGUAACGGUGGAUUGACAUACGGCCUGAAAGGUAGGCUGCAACAGUCUCCGCUUGGUAUUAAACAGAACACAGUUGUUGAAGGAAGAAUCCUGCAGACUAACGGCAUGGAGAAGUCGGUGGCCGCCGCAGGCUUUGUCGGAAAUGGCAUGCUAGGUACCAACUUGCGGAAGGUGGACUACGCUAUGGGUGAUCUAGUCAGAACAGCGCGCUUCCCAUUCGAAGUGAAGCAGGCUAGACUGCUUGAAAAUGGCAGAUUGCUCAUGGAUAUGUCUUUGAUCGAACCCAAGAACACAGCCAGAAAGUACGGUUACGGCGCGAAGGAGAAUAAGAAUAGGACCUAUAUUUUCCAGAGAGGCGCUGUCAACGAGCGGAAAAUCAGCUCUGAAGAAUCCGCCCAACAGGCGGAGGAGCUGCUGAAUAUUCUGACGAAUUUUGAGAACUGA